AUGCCGACACCAGUAAAACAGGCUCUGGCGGCCAAGUCACGGACAUCCAUAUCUCCAUCGGAUUCUGGCAAGGCAUCGGCGCCGUCAGGUGGAUGGGGUUGGCCGGUCCUGACCCUGGUAACCGUCGUCGUUAUCGCCGUCACUGUCCUCAGCUAUCCUUUCCACCCGAAGCUGGAGUUAUCCAACACCGGCCUCUGGGAGAAGAUUCUCUUAGCAACGAGCAAAGAAGAGUCGAUCGAUGCAAAAGAUUACCUGGGCCGCGCCAAGCGCAUCUUGCAGAACAGCCCUCUGAUCGACGGCCACAAUGACUUUCCAUUUUUGCUGAGGCAACAGUUGCAUGGCGAGAUCUACGGCCAUGAUUUCGAGGCCGAGACAUUGGCAAGUCAUACCGAUCUCUGGAAGAUGAGAGAUGGAAUGAUGGGAGGCCAGUUUUGGAGUGUCUAUGUACCCUGCCCGGAGGAUCUAGUGCCGGGGGUAGAUCUCGAUGAUCCAAAUAAACGUGUACCGGAUCUGAAUGAGCCCAAUUGGGCAGUACGCGACACGCUCGAACAAAUCGACCUCACCAAACGCCUCGUGGCGCGAUAUCCUGCAUUUUUGGAAUUCUGUACCAAUCCUUCAUGUGUGCGUCGGGCCCAUAAACAGGGCCGAAUAGCCAGCAUGAUCGGGAUCGAGGGCGGUCAUCAACUCGGCAAUUCCCUGGGCGCUCUACGUCUGUUCUUCGAAACAGGUGCGCGGUACGUCACGCUCACGCAUAACUGCGACAACGCCUUUGGGACCUCAUGGAUCAGCGUGAACCAGACCGCUGGAACAGACUCCGGGCUGACCAAGUUCGGCCACUCCUUCGUGCGUGAAAUGAACCGUCUCGGCAUGAUGGUCGACCUCGCGCACGUAUCGCCAAACACCAUGCGCCAUGUCUUACGCGUUGCCAAAGCGCCCGUCAUCUUCUCGCAUUCCGGAUCCUACAGCAUGCAGAAGCAUCUCCGCAAUGUCCCCGACGAUGUCCUGAAGGUGUUGGUCCCAAACGGUGGAAUCGUCAUGGUCCCUGCGAUCUCCUUCUUCAUGAACACAAAUCAUCCCGAAGAUGCAACCGUCGAGGAUGUUGUUGAUCACAUCCUCUGGAUUGCCCAUGUGGCCGGCUGGGAACAUGUUGGGCUAGGCUCCGAUUUCGAUGGGUCGACGUCGGUGGUCCAUGGACUCGAGGACACGUCCCAGUGGCCAAAGUUAAUCGCCCGUCUUCUCGCCCGCGGUAAUGUCACCGACCAACAAGCCCAGUUACUUGUCGGUGAGAAUCUUCUACGAGUUUGGGACGACAUUGAACGAGUCGCGAGACUAAGUCAACAGGGGGCCCAGCUUCCGUGUGAGGAGUCCUGGGAGGAUAGAGUGUGGGAAGUGGAAAAUCAAGAUGUACCAAGACUUUUUCCAAAGGAGGGAUGA